UUCCUCCAACUCCUCCUGCAAUUGCUGGGUGAUAGAAUUGCAUUUUGAUCGAUUGAGAAGCCAAAAGCUCAACAAGAAUGGGAAUGAUAACGGGUACUCUUCUUCUCUGGGUGUUCACUUAUAAAGUUGCUAAAAUGGCCAAAAAAAGGAUGGCUAGAAAUAAUGCGAAAGAUGCUGAACCUGUGAUGGGAUAUCCUGUGAUGGAAUAUGAACCUGUGAUGGAAUAUGAGUCACUUGAGAAGGCGGCUAAAGAACUGAAGCAAGAAGGGAUGGGGCUUCGGAGGAGAGAGGAUGAAGCAAUCGAUUCUUAUGGAAGGCAUGUUCAAGCACUCAUGCCACUGUAUGGCGUUGCCUCUAUCUAUCUCCAACAAAGUUACCCCCAUGAUAGCCUGUGGCUCUCGGUUAUGAUAACAAUUAAUCUCUUCUUCUUUGCCUUCGGGGUUGCCUUUAUGACGGCAUUGACGAAGCUCGAGAAAAUAUCUCAGUCGACUGGGGACCUCAGGAGAAGGCAGGAGGAUUUGCAGGAGCAAGUCACAGCUUUUAAAGCCGUGGCUUGCAAGCCGGGAUCAUUUGGAGAGCUUUCGGAUCGGAUGGAUGGGCAAAUUGCGGGGCUGGAGGAAGCCAUAGCUGUGGCCAUGGAGCUAUCUAAAUCAAAAGAUAAGCAGGCCAACUCAUCGGUGCUUCUCCCUCUCGCAGCUUGUGCAGUUGCAUAUGGGCUUUGUUUUCCUCUGGUCGCUCGCCUCUACACAUCCCACUCUGCUGCUUUCAACCAUUCUGCAAGGCUGUCUAUUAAUGCUAAUCCACAGCGGAAAGGACUGGGAUUAAGGGCGCUACCCUGAGAGGAGGUGAACUAUGAACUAUGAGGCAAUCAAGUCAAGUCCCUGGACACAGUUUUCAGUUUUCUUUGUUUGCUUGUUUUUGUAUUGAGUUCUGCUUUUACAGAAUCUUUUGGAUAUUUUUCAUUAAAAACAAGGAAUGUAAUCGGUGCUAUGCACUUGCAAGUUAAGAAAUACUAUUGAUAGUUAAAAUUUAUAUUCUUU